AUGAAUAAAAUUAUUAAUAAAAGUAGAGAUAUUAUUAAAAGAAUAAGAUAUUCAAAAGUAUCAUUAUUAAUAGCGAUAUCAUUUGCACUGUUUACAGAUAUGGUGUGUUAUGGUAUCAUUUUACCAAUUAUACCAUUAGUCAUGGAAAAAGAGUAUCAUAAAAGUCAAGUAACCACAGGGUUUCUAUUUAGCAUGUUUUCGCUUGGAUGUUUAAUUGGUACACCUAUUUUCGGCAUAGCUUCCGAUAGAGUUGGUCGUAAAAUACCUUUUAUUAUUGGUAUGAUAAUGCUUGCGUUAUCUACAAUUUUAUUUGCAUAUGGUCACUUUCUUGUAGUUUUAUUUCUAGCUAGAUUUGUACAGGGUUUAAGUUCAGCAGCAGCAUGGGUUAUUGGUUUAUCAAUGAUUGCAGAUAUAUUUCCAAACGAUCAAUUUGGUACAGCAUCAGGUACGGUUAUUGGUGGUAAUACUAUCGGAGCAUUAAUCGGACCUAUUAUUGGUGGCAUUGCAUAUGAACAUUUUGGCUAUGUGGUACCUUUUUAUAUCUCCGCUUUAUUUGCCAUAGUAGAUCUCUUUAUCCGUAUAUGCCUAGUUAGCGAUAAAGCGUUAGAACAAUUCAAAAAAAAAAAAGAAUUAAAACAAAAUUUAAUAACAUUAGACAACUCUUAUAUUGUAAGCAAUCAAGAUAUAGAAAACAACAGCGACACAAUUAAAGAUAGUGGUGGUAUUCAUAGAAAUAAUAAUAAACAAGAUAAAUCAAAAUAUAAUAAACUACACGAUCAAGAAACUGAAGAUACAUUCACUCAAGAAAUAAUACACGAUAAUAAUAAUAUAAAUAAUCAAGAUAUUGAUGGAGGUGAUGGCGCCAACUUAUCAACAACCGCUACAGAAACUAAAGGUAUAAAAUCAUCAAUUUCAUCAUCAUCAUCAUCACUAGAUAAAAGUGAAAUUAUAAAUUAUAAUAAUGACGAAUAUUUUAGCGAUACAGAAAAAGAAAAGAAUUCAAUUGGUGUGAUAAUAUUGGGUAGUGAUCAAGACAAUACUUUAGAAUCGAUCAAUUUAGAGAAAAAAGAGAACAAUAUCAACUCAUUCAGCCUCAACCAAAUGAAUGAAGAAAGAGACUUUUAUAAAAAUGCAUUAAAAAGAAAAGAUGUUUGGAUACUAUUGGUUUUAAUUAUACUGUUUGCGAUUGGUCUAUCAUCUCUAGAGCCAUUAUUACCUUUAAUUAUAGAGAAUAAAUUCAAAAAAUCAACAUCUUACACAAGUUUAUUAUUUGGGAUGUUUACUCUACCAUUCCUUUUUCUUUCACCUAUGGCAGGGUGGUUAACAGAUAACAAUUAUAUACGAAGAACAAAAAUGACAUUUAUUGGCGCAAUCAUCUCGUCCAUCUGCUUCCCAUUCAUCAGCAAAACUAAUCACUUGGCUGUACUCUUCAUAGUUAUAAUAUUAAUUGGUUCAGGUUUAGCUCUAUUCUUUUCACCAGUUAUUCCUAUUUUAACAUAUGUUUUAGAUCCAAAGGGUGUUGGUAAUAAUAAUGGUAAAAUACUCUCACUAUUUUGUGUUUUCUACUCAAUCGGUAUAUGUAUUGGGCCCAUCUUUUCAACCGUUGUCAAAGUUCAUCUAUCAUUUUUAGCAUUUACUUUAUCCUAUUCGAUAUUAUUAAUGAUCAGCACUGUUAUAUUUAAUAUUUACUUUAUCAAAAAACCAACCUCAAUUUCAGAAUCUUUUUAA